CAAGUCGGCCUGUCUAGAAGAGAGAGCAAACACUAUUUACACAUACAAAAAGCUUUUCUCACAAAUUACUUGUAAAUCUAAAUCAUUAUAUCGUCGAAGGUUGCAGGAUCCUCUGUUUUGAUAGAGUCUAAUUUCACAAAAGAUACAAGUGCUGUAGUAUCUUACAAGAAGGAAUGGAAAAGAAUAUUUCAAACCCAUUUCUCCUCCAAGACCAAACUGUACACCCUGCUCAGAUUCAGCUUCCAGAAGAGCUGAGGAAGAAAGUUGUAAAUUUGCAAUGUGAAUCUAUGGAAGGUAUCUGCAAUGUUUAUCUUGUUGGAACAUGUCAUAUCUCUACACAAUCUUGCAAGGAUGUUGAAGAAAUCAUUGGCUUCUUGAAACCAGAUGUCGUAUUCCUAGAGUUGUGUGAAAGAAGGGCUUACUGCUUGAAUCCUCGAGACCCUCGGGUUACAAGGGUACCCAGAUUUACUGAUGUUAUGGUUGCUUUGUGGAUGAGUAACUAUUCUAAUGCUGUUUCAACUCUUCGAUGUUUGGUUAUGAGAAAACGUGGAGAAAAACUUGGAGUUGUUCCUUGUUCUGAGUUCCAAAGUGCAUACAGAGAAGCAAAGAAAUAUUGUGGUAAGGUUGUAUUGGGUGACAGACCUGCUCAGAUAACAUGGCAAAGGACAUGGUCAAAGAUGAGCUUCUGGUAUAAAACCAAGCUUUUUUUCACCUCUCUAUUACAGUUAGCUACCAUGUCCUUAGUAUCAGUAGAUGUGGAUGCAAAUACUGCAAAUUAUAAUCAAGUUUUAGAAAGGAAAUUUCCGAGUAUGGCAGAAACAUACAUUUAUGAGAGGGACUUGUAUAUGGCCUCUAGAUUGUUUGAAGUUGCAAAGGAAUGUAAAUCAGUUGUAGCAGUUGUGGGCAAGGGCCAUGUUGAAGGCAUUGAGAAAAAUUGGAAGAAACCCAUUGCUAUAGAAUCUUUAAUGGAAGUUAAGGCUGCAACAUGCUCAUCAGAUCUGAAGCUUUGGACUAUACUUGCUUUUGCUGCUGUUGAAAUUGCGAUUUUCUCUAUUUUAUGGUUGAAGCAUUGAGAAUAAUAAGGUGGGCACUUGAUUUGAUGUGUGCAUAGACUUUAUUCUAUUAUUUCACUUAUUGUUCUGAUUCAAAUGGUUUAUCAAGCAUUUGGUCUGAUGUUAAUGCCAUUUCUUUGGGUGUGAAUGUUGAAAAUUAUUUAAAUAUUUUAGAAUCAUCAGGCUAGAUCACAGCCACUGUUUGAAAAUUUAGUUAUUUGAUGCUAUAAUUGUCAUUGCAACUAGAUAAUGGAGUUUCCAAGCUUAAAAUCUA